AUGAAAGAGAUCUCAAUAGUGAUUCUUCUUUCCUAUGUGCUUCAUCUGAAUUUAUUUUCUCUGGUCUCAGGUGAUUUUGCGAUCCUGUUGCACUGUGGUUUGUCGGUCAAGCGGGCUCUGCUGCUGAACGUGGGCAGCUCUCUCACCUCCUUCGUCGGUCUGUACAUCGCACUGUCCGUCUCCACGGAAACGCUUGCUAAGGAGUGGAUUUCGGCUGUCACCGCCGGCCUCUUUCUGUACGUGGGUCUUGCAGACAUGCUUCCUUCCCUGGUUCAUGUGGACACUAAAAGACCUUGGCUGAUAUUUUUCCUGCAGAAUCUGGGACUUUUGAGCGGUUGGGGCAUUUUGCUGCUCUUGUCCUUUUAUGAAGACCAAAUAGGGCUGUGAAUAGGGAGCAUUUGUUUUUAUUUGUGCCUUGUUCCUAUAUAUCUGUCUGUGUAACUGCUGGAACAUAAGAUAUAUGUGCAAUCAGAGCAGCCCUAUGUGUUUUCAUGUGGAAUAUUUUUAGUGUUUUUAAAUUACACUUAAAUGGAAAAGCCUGCCGUUUAAAAUCAACUUUGUGCACCUUAAGGCAAAG